CGUCCGCGGGGUCCGACUGUCCCGAACCGUCCCAGAAUACGACAUCACUGCGUCGCCUCUCCCCGAGCCGUGCCCUAUCGCUUUGGCCUCGGCUCCGUGGGAGAUCGGGUGAACAACGGCUACUUCAGCAUUACAUCGAGAGGUCGGUACAGAGACUGGUAGUCAGAGAUGUCAUUAAUAACCCUUUCCUCGCCUAUAUGUUGCCUUUGGCGCAGCAAAACGAUGGAUUCCUUCAUGUUGUCUUUGCCAUAAGCGCUUCUCAUCUGUCUUAUGAUGAUCAACAAUCACAUAUUGUCGCGCUUUCCCAUUAUGGGGUUGCGCUACGGGCAGUCAAGUAUCUAAUCACGGAGCAUGGGAGUGGGUAUAAUCGUAACCCCGUGGUGAUAGUGUUGCUGCUCCUAGCCUUGUGUAAUUUUGAGGUAAUAGACGGAGAUACAAAGGGCGCAGUGAUGCAACACUUACUACCGUGUUGUGCCCUGUUGGCGUCUCAGAAUAAUCUCCUAGACACAGUCGAUGAGGAUUGCGCAUGUUUCAUCGCAGAGCAGUACAUGUUUCUUAGUACUGUCAACAGUCAUAUUGGCCUUGGCCCCAUAAAGAGCAGCAACUACACGCCCACCGAGAGCCAAUCCUUACACCUUUCACCACUUUCAUACCGAGCUUAUUAUCGCGGGCGAUCUUCCGGCUGUGCGUACGAGCUGUUUGAAAUGAUCCCAUCAAUCGGCGCUUUUGCUGAGAAACCAGCCCUGUCUUCUCCCCGACAUCUUGAUCCAGAUAUCAUUGCGGAGUUCCACUCCCUCGAACAGCAGAUCCUACUAUGGGUAGUACCAGCGCCAUGGAAUGGGACAGGGGCCCCCAAUGGGCCUGACGAAGCCGAGGUAGCAGCUGCGAUGUUUCAGCAGAUGGCCCUACUUAUAACGCUGCGAUGUGCGCUCAAUGGCCCAGGGACGCCGUCACCACCCAUUCAAGGCCAGAUCUCGUGUUGUGUGUAUGAAGCCAGAAGACUAUUAAAAACCAUACCGCCGUCGAGUUACGCAUGGGGAACACUUCUUUGGUCACUGUUUCACGUUGGAUCAUGUAUGACCGUAUGGGAAGAGCAGGAGGACUAUAUUGCUACUUUUCUGGCCAUGGAAAACAAGCUUCCUGUCUGCACUAGCAUGGUAUCCGUCCUGUACAAGUUAUGGGAUGCAAUACGUCUGGAGGGAAGGUAUUAUGGUCCUUAUGGAAUCAGGGAAUUUCUCGCACGGGAGGGGAUUAAGCCGAGCUUGUGAUAAUACUUGGCAUGUAUACAUUGUUCUUCAACGACUAUUGACUUUCGGGAUCUAACUAUUGAUAUAGAGGCAUACAUACAU